AAAAAUAAAAUAUAUAUAGAAAAGUAUGGAAAAAAAUAAUAAACAAAGUAAAUAUAUUGAAAUAAAGUUAUUGCUUUAAUUGUUAUUCAAACAAAAUGUAUAGAUAUUUAACCAUAGAAAUUAUACAAAUAAAAACAAAAAUAUUUACAAAAUAAAAAGGGAAAAGCUAACAUUUGAAGACAACGCCAAAAUGCCAGCACUGCAUCGAAUGCCAAAGGAAACAAAAGGGAAACCCUUACAACAAACUCUCCACAUUCUUCACCUCUCCAUACUUGGAGAACCAUAUUAAGCCAAAUCCUUAAGAAAACCCCCACACAGAUGCCAAUGAUCAACAAUCAACAAAAUGUGGUGUUUUAUGUUAAUUUUUAUUUUAUGUUUUAAUUAAAAAAAAAAAAAAACAUCAAAUUGGAAAUCAAAAUUAUGUUUAUUUUUUUUUUAAUUUUUUUUUUGUCAACAAAACUGAAGAUUUGUGUAAAAAUUUCAAUAAUUUUUGGAAAAAAUAUAUAUAUUAAAUAUUGUAUUGUAGUAAGUAACAUGUUCGGAAUUGGAACACCAAACAAAAAAUCAACUUAAAAAAAUCAUUGCCAAUGAUUCAAAAACCGCAAAAUUAUUUUAAAUCAGAAUUUUAAAUAUUCGAUUUGAAUGUGAACAAUAAAUACAUAUUGGAUGAGAGAUAAGGGAAUAUAUAUAUAUAUUUAUGCAAAUUGUUAAAUAAAAUGAUAUCAAGAGUUACAUAUGAACUGAAAACAUGCAUCUUAAAGGGUUUUCAUUGACAGAUGAUAACUUGGAAAAAAAAGGAGUAAAAAAGUUUACAAAUGAACUAUUUCGCACUGUCCAUCAAUAUCGUGAAAGAUUUGGAGCUUCUUUUCGUUUGUGGUUGGGUCCACAACUUUGGGUAUUUCUGCAUACACCACAAGAAACACGAGACGCAUUAAACGAUGCCACUCUGGAGAGAGCUGAUACUUUUAGGUUAUUGAAUGUCUUUAUAGGCAAUGGAUUGCUUAUAAGUGAAGGAAAACACUGGGAACUUCAUAGGAAAGCUCUGGGACCGGCUUUCCAUCCAAAUAUUUUAAAUGGCUUCACCAAAACCAUCAUUCAGCAUGUGGACAUUCUUUUGGGAAGAUUUGAGAAACUGAAUGAAAAACCUGUAGAAGUUACCGAUUACUUGUUUUCAUGCCUUUUUGAUACCAUUAUAGAUACAUCGAUGGGCAAAAAUUUACAAACCCAAGAGGAUUCAAAUUCAAAUUAUAGCCAUGCAUUUCAUAGAAUAGGUGAAUUGCUUUACGAACGCAUGGUCAACCCAUUGCUAGCUCCCGAUUUUAUUUAUAAUAAAACCAAAAGAUCCAAAGACUUAUACAACUAUGUAGCAAUCGUUCACAAUCUCAUGGAUACCGUUAUCAAAGAACGUCAGGAAUAUUUGCAACAGGAGGAUAAUCUCAACGAAUUAAGCAUCAAGAAACCAAGAUGCCUUUUGGAUACACUUCUAACGGCAACCAUAGAGGGGAAACCAUUAAGCCUAAAAGAAAUCCGAGAUGAGGUCAAUACAUUUAUCUUGGCAGGAGUGGAUACUACCAUGGCAGCCAUGUCCUUUAUUCUCUAUAGCCUCGGUAAAUAUCCACAAGAGCAGCAGAAACUUUUCGAAGAAAUUCAAAUCGCUCGAGAAGAGUCACAGGAUUUAUUUCCCAAUUCAUCUGAUCUCAAUAAGCUGGAAUAUUUGGAUAUGUUUAUUAAGGAAUGUUUGCGUUUCUAUACCAUAGUACCCAUGACGGGACGUCAAACCACUAAGCCUACCAAAAUAGGUGGCAGAUCCUAUCCAAAAGGAGUUUCAUUGUGGAUUAAUAUGUAUGGAUUAUCGCACGAUAGCCGCCUCUUUGAAAAACCUUUUCAUUUUCGACCUUUGCGAUUUGUCAGAAGCGAAUACCAGCGUUUGGAAAAAUUCUCUUAUAUUCCAUUUUCGGGAGGUUCACAUGUAUGCAUUGGUCGAAAAUAUUCUUUGCAAAUUAUGAAAAUCAUGUGUGUACGACUACUGCAGCAAUACGAAGUGGUGUUGAGAGAUCCAGAAGAGGAGUUAAUAUUGAUGUCACAAAUGACUUUAAAAUCAAAAAAUGGUAUCAAUCUUAAAUUUAUAAAGAGAAUAAGAUAAUGAAAUGCUAUCUCGCAAAUUAUUGUACUUAAUUUAGA